AUGGCGCUGGCCUGUGGCAGAGGUACCAUGCUGGCUGCCGACCGCAAAGAAUUCUGGGAGACUAACUUUGAAAUAGCAGCACGUCUCCCUCAAACCACAAGACACUCCUCCCUUCCUCCCACGUCUCCCUCAUAUCACAAGAAACCCUUCCCUUCCUCCCACGUCUACCUCAUAUCACAAGACACAUUCUUACCUUCCUCCCACGUCUACCUCGAACCACAAGUCACCCCUCCCUUCCUCCCACGUCUACCUCAUACCACAAGACACUCCUCCCUUCCUCCCACGUCUCCCUCAUACCACAAGACGCUCCUCCCUUCCUCCCACGUCUCCCUCAUACCACAAGACACCCUUCCCUUCCUCCCACGUCUCCCUCAUACCACAAGACACUCCUCCCUCCCUCCCACGUCUCCCUCAUACCACAAGACACCCCUCCCUUCCUCCCACGUCUCCCUCAUACCACAAGACACCCCUCCCUUCCUCCCACGUCUCCCUCAUACCACAAGACACUCCUCCCUCCCUCCCACGUCUCCCUCAUACCACAAGACACCCCUCCCUUCCUCCCACGUCUCCCUCAUACCACAAGACACUCCUCCCUUCCUCCCAUGUCUCCCUCAUACCACAAGACACCCCUCCCUUCCUCCCACGUCUCCCUCAUACCACAAGACACCCCUCCCUCCCUCCCACGUCUCCCUCAUACCACAAGAUACUCCUCCCUCCCUCCCACGUCUCCCUCAAACCACAAGACACUCCUCCCUUCCUCCCAUGUCUCCCUCAAACCACAAGACACUCCUCCCUUCCUCCCACGUCUCCCUCAAACCACAAGACACUCCUCCCUUCCUCCCACGUCUCCCUCAAACCACAAGACACUCCUCCCUUCCUCCCACGUCUCCCUCAAACCACAAGACACUCCUCCCUUCCUCCCACGUCUCCCUCAAACCACAAGACACCCCUCCUUUCCUCCCACGUUUCCCUCGAACCACAAGACGCUCCUCACUUCCUCCCACGUCUACCUCAAACCACAAGACACCCCUCCCUCCCUCCCACGUCUCCCUCAUACCACAAGAUACUCCUCCCUCCCUCCCACGUCUCCCUCAAACCACAAGACACUCCUCCCUUCCUCCCAUGUCUCCCUCAAACUACAAGACACUCCUCCCUUCCUCCCACGUCUCCCUCAAACUACAAGACACCCCCCCCUUUCCUCCCACGUCUCCCUCAUACCACAAGACACCCCUCCCUUCCUCCCACGUCUCCCUCAUACCACAAGACACCCCUCCCUCCCUCCCACGUCUCCCUCAAAACUCAUUCAAUCAGCAAAAUUCCAGCUAUAUGACGGCUGAUCAAGUCCGGUCAUGA